CCUACGAGUCAUCCGCUCAGACAGCGGCUUGUGGUAAGUGUCACCCCUCCUGGGGUAGUAAGGGUUCGGGAAUUUUGAACACUAUUUGUAAAUACACAGUAUCUGUUAGAAAUGGUACGAUUUAUAGUAAGGGUACACUGAUAGCUCUAUUCUCUAGGAUCCUUGUAUUUAUAGAGCUCUUUGUGUCUAUGGAUUGUAUUAUGUACAAUGGUAAUAAUGUAUCUAACAAAGUAGAAGUCAGGGGAGUACUGAGACUAGUCUAGGCCCCCGGGCAAACCUAGGCCCUGGGCCCCCUCUAUAAUCCAAUAUGUACGUGUAGAAACAUACAUGGGUGUGUGCACUAAAAAAAUCAUUUUUGUGUUUUGUGAAUCCAAGGUUGUGUUUGUGUGAGUAGUGCCACUGUUUAUAUUUACAUGUAGCAGAAGUGUGCGUGAAACAAAAACUCUAUAUCUUUAUAGACCAGAUGUGUAUUUGUGUGCAUUGUAGGAAUACAGUAGUGAUUUUGUAUUUUGUAUAGAACGUCGAUGUAUUUAGGGAUGUGUGACUUCAAAAGAAUAUUUGUGUGUAAUAAUGUGUGCAGAUGCAGUGUUAUUGAAUAUUUGUAUGGACUGUGUUAGUAAGUGCAAGAAUGCUUUUGUGAGACAUGCAUGUGUCUGUGUUUGUAUGUGUGUACGAUUGUACUUCACUGGGUGUUACUGUGUGCAUGUAUUGUAUUUUAUUUUACCAAAUGUCAUAGUGUAAAUUAUCUUCCCAUUCACUAUCAUUCUCUUACAAAGCACUUUUGUCUAUUGAUCCCCAGGGGCUUUGCUUGGUGGAUCUAGCCCCCAAAAAUAAAUUUUACAUUAAGCUCGCCCAAUGAACAACCCCAGCGCCAUCGUAAAAAUUAAAAUAAUACAUAUAUACAAAAAGGAUAGCAGUCUAAGGACUUUUUACAAAAUUAAAAUGUUAUUUUUAUUACUAGCUAUCAAUAAAAUGUUAGCAUUUCAUUUUUUAAAAGCCAAUUUUCCACGAGGAAUUAAUACAAAUGCAUAGACACACACUACUACACAUAUGCAGUCAUACACUCACAAUUAAUACACUAUUACACCUAUACAUGCAAACUGUUACACAUCCUCAGAGAUGCACACACCACAUAUAUACACACAUACACAUAUAGACAUAAACACAUUCAAUAAACAAAACAAAAAACUAGGCCCAAACCACUAGCCUAUCAGAUACUGUUCCUAUAUAGGGUUAACCCUAUACAUUCCUGGCCCAGAAGGAGUUUAUUAUUUAUAUUAUAGUUGCCAAGUAAUUAAAUCCAGAAGAAUGACAUAGUAAAAGUAUGUCAUGGGAUGGGAAGUCCCCCACCCAUAGUAAAGUAUUAAUUCAAUGCUUUCGUAAGGGGAAGCUUGGAUGCUGGUCAGGUCCCCAAUUACUCUCUAUGAGGAGAAUUGUAUUAGACCACACCAACGGAGGCGUAGUGGGAGGAGCACAGGUAAGCAGCGCCAAGGGAGCCUCACCGCCGUAAAAAGGUAAAAGUAAAAACUUUAUUUUAUUAAUUUUAAUGUAAAAUGGGGGGGAAGGCGGGAUCCUGUAUUUAACUGAGCACAAGGACACUAAAGCAGAAGGAAUACUGGUUUGUAUUCUUAAAGCCAGGGCUGGAGCAACCGUUAGGCGAACUAGGCAUUCGCCUAAUGUCUUGGGUCACCCUCCCAGCGCCGGGCCAAUCCUCCUGGCGCCAGAAGGUUCGGGGGGCCAGAAUAUAUGACUUAAACAGCGCGCUGGAGGAGUGAGGAGCUGCCCCACACUAGACCCCAGAGCGGUAGGGAGGCUGGAUGGGCCAUAAAAAUAAAUAAAUUGUGAGUGGUUGACUGUCAGUGAGUUUGUCUGUCUGUGUCAGUGAGUGUGUCUGUUAUUGUGUGUGCUCUUCUAUGCUUGUCUUAUUAUAAAUAAAAAUGCAUAGAAUAUAUCAUUUAUCACAGCGAUAAAUUAUGUUUUCAAUGUACAAUGUAGGUAUUAGGCAGUAUGUGUGUGUAUAGAUACAUGUCUUAGACAGUAUGUGUGUAUGGAUGUACGCAUUAAGCAGUAUGUGUGUAUUAGGCAGACCUAACUGAAAACCAUAUGGCAAAAUAUAGGCCAAAAUAGCUGAUCUAGAAGUAUUCUCCAAUAUGGCUACAGUCACAGUUCAGCUGUUUUUGCUGAAACUUUGCAAUUUUGUUUUCCACUCACUGCAAUUCAGAGUUUAGUGCAUAAACCUCUGUGACAUUGUAUUUGCUUUCAUGAGGGGGUGGCAAAAUGGAUCUUUGCCUAGGGCAGCAGAAAUCCUUGCACCCGCCCUGCCUAAAGCUUUAGUUUUUGUUUAACCCCGUACCACAGUUAGGAUGUCCCAUGCCGUCCUACACAGAAUGGGCACAAAUGCCUGCAGAACAACAUCCAGGAAUAUUCUGUUUUGGUGUGAGUUGAGUUAAAUCCCUGCUCACCCCUGGGAUCUCCAAGUAUCAGUGGGGUUCUCCUCUUUUUGCUGGGGCAUUUUUUAAUGGCCUUAAACUUUUUGAUGAGCUGCUUGCAGAGCUGAAAGUCAGUGCUGAUAUCAGCUCUUUAAAUAAAUCAAUGGAUACUUGUGGCUCCUCUCAGUCAGCUGGGGCAAUUUUCAACCUCCCUUUUUCUUGGUGCAGGCUUCUUGAAUGAGAUCUCCCAGGGUCUCCCUACCUAUCUUCGUUGAUUGUGACCAGUGGGAAUAAUUGAAUUCAGUGUUCUCUUUGACUCCGACCUCUCAUUCACCCCUCAUGUCCAAUCAAUCGCUAAAUCUUGCCGCUUCUCAAUAACAUAGCGCGCAUCCGACCCUAUGUAAGGCCUGAUACAUCUAAGGUCCAUGCCCCUGUCCUCUCUCGCCUUGACUACUGUAAUCCGCUUCUCAGUUGUCUUACGUGUUCCCAACUUGUCCCGUUAGUCUAUAAUGAAUGCAGCUAGCCUCCUCUUCCUGCCUGCUCGCACCUUCCACGCCUUCCCCCUCUGUCAGUCCCUACAUUGGCUUCCUGUAAAAUAUAGGACUCAAUCCUUUCUUACAAAUCUCUACACAUGGAGUAGUCAACUUGGUCCCUACUGCCCACUAUUGGACUGUUUGGGAUUUCAGGUGGGUUCUGCAGAAAACGCCCAAUUAUCCAUAUCAGGAUGAUUUUUCAACUGAGGGCUGCUGUUUUGUCCCAGAGGCAACAUAGGCCCUGUUUGUCAAUAUCGCAAUACUCUGCCAGAAAUUUGUUAACUAUAAAAAUAGACUCCCAGAGUGUUUUAACAAAUAUUUCUUUAAAACAAUAAUUCAACCCUUGCAAUAUUUUAAAAUGAAUACAAAUCCUUAAUGUACAAGACAUUUUUAAAGGACUAAUAAGUGAAUAUAAUUAAAUUAGUUCAUUUUCUUCAUUUGAUCUAGUUUUAUACAAAUUAUUAUAGGCAAAACUGUGAAGUGUUUGCAUUUUGUUAAAUAUUAUAUUCAUACUGUGGCGAAACCGACCUCGCCACUGGGCAUUGGAGAAGACUGAUUGCCAGCCUCCUGCCAUGUGACUAUGGCCCCUGGGAUGUAUUGCCCUUUAAAGACAUGAUUUGGGCAUAAGGGAUUUGUGUUGUGCUUCUGCUGGCCCUUUAAGAACCAUCUGGGGACAUACUGUGGAGUUACUGGGUGGCCACCAUUUCCUGUAUCAGAAGCACAUGGUGAGAACAAUGGAUGGCGCCAUUUUAACUCACAGACACUGUUUGGACUUUUCAACACGGUGCCAUCUUGCCAGUAUUUGGUGCACAGAGACAUCGUGCAGUGGUUUUGGACUAUACAGCAGGGGACACAUUAUACAGUGAUUGUUUUUCAUUUAGCCUGUAUAUGUUCUGCAGAAUCUGCAUUAAACUGUAUCUUCCAAAGUACUGAACGGAUCUAGGUGAAUUUUGGAUAUGUGGUUCACCCAGAUCCCCCGGUUCCAAGGAUAUACUUGGAUGGGAUUAUUGCAUGUUUUGGGGUCCCUGUGAUGUGUUUUAUGAAACUGUAUUUCUCUGUCUGUGAUAAUUAGAUUACCCAUUGUGUAAGGUAAUUGUAUCACAGGCAGAGGGGAGGAUUUUGUGUGGGAGUGUCUGAGUGUAUUGUACGUGCUAUUGGUUGUUCUGUAAAACCCUGUGGGCAGUACUAAGUUUGUGGAUUGGGAAUAAAAGAGGCUGUAUGUGCCAGUCCAGUGAGUUUCUGCUUAACCCUCAAAGUGAAGUGUCGUCUCAUUAUUGGGGGAGGAUUUAUUGUAUGCUGUUCCAGUUUGACUGCUAGGAGUGUAAACCUAUUUGCAUGGUUUUUCCUAUUCGGCUGUAUACAACAUUCAUAUGCUCCUACGGGUCUGUGGUUUUGGUGUCUGCUGCAGUGCUUGGAGUCCUCAGGAAGUGCUAGGAGCAUCCUUUAACGGAGGUACCCAGUCAGGGUGCCAGGUGAUCCGUUACAUAUACUUCAUAUUGUGUUUAGCAUACAUAUGUGUCAGACGAAAGCCCAUCUGUCUAUAUAGUAUGUAUCUGUGCAUUUGUAGAGAAAGCAUUACAUUAUGGUCAAGCAACACAUACCAAAUGAGCCAAAAGUAACACACAUGACAUUUUGAAUAAGACUGUCACUAAAGUGUUAAACUGUAUUUAAAUAAUAAUUUAACAUUAUAUUUGUCUUUUUUGCUUUAGGAUUCGUGAAAAAUUACAAGUAACUUUAAUCUAUGGAAACCAUAAUGGGAGGUAUGAAGCACGCACAGCAGUCUGUUUCAAUAUCUAAUACUUACAUAUCGUGCUCUAGUUUGAAGAAACAUCAAAAAGUUAAUCCAGGCAUCAUAAACACUACAGCACUACACUAAAGCACUUCAAUACCCCUGUUGACCGCUCUCAGACAAGUGGUGCAUUGUGCAUGAAACUUUGCACAGAAUUGACAGUUAGUAACUUUUGUUCAGAGCUUGGUAAUGACUCUCAAUGAUGCUGCAGGAAGUGGAGUUACCUUUUUUUGGUGGUACAGCAUUACUUACUGAGCACCAGACCAGAAGGAUUGAUUAAUAUGUUGUUCACUAGAUUGAGGUGUAGACCAUACGCUGGACCAUCAGGGAAUCCUUGUUAUGUCAAUGGACAACCAGCGAUUUGUUAAUAUAGGGUUACUUCAAAUCAUAAAACCAUGGUUUUAGUUAGACUAACCCUUUCUGUGGUGCUCUGCGCCCUACAUGCAAAGCCCAGUUCUCCUCUGAGCCGAUCCUACUUGGCUGACAUCCGUCCCCCACACCAGAGGAAGGAUGGACUGAUGGGAGGAAAGCAGUGGGGUGCAUCCAUUGACUGUCUGAGCACCAUCAAGCUGCAGAGAAAUACAGAAACAUUGCACAUACAGAGUGCAGGCACCAUGAUCAUUUCAAAUUAAUAAAGUUGCAAGUGGCCUUUUUGCUUUAAGUGACUUUUUUUUAAUCUUUUGCUCUUGCAGGUCAAAGGAUCUGUUUGGCACCAUAAUAACUAUCGAAAUGUAGUUGUUAUGGUGUCAGGGAGUCCCUGGUGCUGCCUUACCUGAAGCUGUUUUUAUGAAAGUGGAGCUACUGAUUGGCUUAGAGCAUCAGCUUAUUGCUCUAAGCCAAUCGGCAGAGCUUCUGCCUGACAGCUCUCUCAGGCUUCUGUUGAAAAAAUGAAAAGUUUGAGAAAGUGGAUUUGGAGGGGUCAGAGAGAAAUGACGCUGGAGAAGAGCCUUUGGGGUUAAACCGUUGAUGCACAAAUGGUUUAAACUCUAAAGGUAAACCAACGCCAGGGACCUCCUGGCACCAUUACAACUUAUUUUUUUUACCAUCUGCUCACUAUAGGGAAAUAAAUAUCUUAUGACCCACUAAGUAAAAUAGAUUGAGAUAAAAAAUAAAAGUAAACUGUAACAUAGUUUUGAUAUAUACAAUGUUAUCCCCUAUUAGGUAAUCUCCCUGUUUUAGUGUGACAAUUUUUGUUUUUAAUAUGUAUUUGAAAAAGUGGACCCUAAAUGUAUCCUUUAUCUUCUAUAUAAAAAUGUAUAUAUCUCAGUGCACUAGAUGGAUGAUGGCAUACAAGGCUGCAGCUGCUGAUUGUCCUAUUUGUACUAUUUUUCAGAUCUCCCUUUGAUCACAGAAGAGAGUUUUGAUUUUGAUCCAUAUUACUCACCUGACAGGUAACAUAUAUAUGUUUGCUUUAUGUUCAUGAUCAUUGUCCUUCUUUAGACUUAAUCAUUUAGACAUAACAAAAUGUAUAGUAUGCAGAUCAGGGAGUUUCUAAAAAAAUAAAAUUGCACAGUAAUCUAGGUUGAAAUGAAGACUAAUCAAUCGAGUUCAACCUUUUACACAAUGUAUUUUGGCUGUUGGUCCCUUGUACAAGCAUUUUCAACUAAGCGAAUUACUUUCAGUAACAAUUUGUGUGGAACUCUAAUAGAUGCCUUAGCAAAAUCACAAAACGUAAAUAAAUAUAAAAAGAUUAUAUAUAAAGCAAAAAGGAACGAGAUGCACUCUAAGGUCUUUGUAGAAAAAAAACUCGAUAUUAUUUAAUAACAGGUAACAUACAUCUGAUCGACGUUUCGACCUCUUCAGGUCUUCCUCAAGAUAGAUAUAGAUAUAGAUAUAUAUAUAUAUAUAUAUAUAUACCGUAUAUACUCGUCUAUAAGUCGAUCUCAUGUAUAAGUCGAGUGCAGUUUUGUGACCAACAAUUGUGAAAUAUGCUAUGCCUCGUGGAUAAGUCGAGGGUAAAACUUGGGGCUAUGAAGUUCUGUGAUUUUUAUAAUUAUAUACACACACACUCAUACAAACACACACUCUGCAUUAUAUACACACACUCUGUGUAUAUAAUGCAGAGUGUGUAUAUAAUGCAGAGUGUGUGUUUGUGUAGUGUGUGUGAACUGGGUGGGGGGAGGGCAUUUUUAUUAUUUUAAUUUUUUUUAAUUUUAAUAUUAUUAUUUUUUAUUAUUUUAAUUUUUUUUUGUCCCCCCUCCCUGCUUGUUAACUGGUCAGGGAGGGGGGCUAUCUUAAUCCCUGGUGGUCCAGUGGCAUGGGCUGUGAAGUGGGGGGGCCGGCAGGAAGCAUUUACUUACCUUUCCUGCAGCUCCUGUCAGCUUCCUUCUCCUCCGUUCCGGUCAGCUCCACUGUAAGUCUCGCGGUCUGGUUGCCGCGCGGAUCGUUGCCAUGGCUCUGACGGCCGCGGCUCUCUAAGUUGCCAUAAUACAGACAGUGACUCGAGUAUAAGUCGAGUGGGGGUUUUUAAGCACAAAAAAUGUGCUGAAAAACUAGACUUAUACUCGAGUAUAUACUGUAUAUAUAAAUAUAAAAUGUUUUAUUUAUUUUUUUAAACUGAAAGCAAAUAAGUAGCUCCUGCGGGGUUAGCAGGCUAUUAACAUAGCAGGAGAUAAGAAAUUCUUAAUUAAACAGACUGUGUAAUGAAUAAAUUGUAAACCUUAUAGUUCACUUUACAGGAAGUGUUUAGGAAGGCUGUGUACGUUACUUGCAUAGAGGUGUGAUUAGGGCUGCAUAAACAAAGUGAAAUAACUUCUAAAUGGCAAACAACUGAGUAGCGAGACUGCAUCUUAAUGGGGCACUUAAUGAAAGGAAUGUCUGAAUGCUGGCUAAAUGAAAAAAGAGCUAUUAAAAAUAAAUCCAAGUGUAAUACUAAAAGGCCCACAGGAACAUACUUACCAGGAACAGCAUGCUGGGGGCGACAAAGGUAGAAGUGUAACAGAGAUGAGAUGUGUUAAAUAUACAUUAGCUUAAAACUUAACAAACUUAAAUUAUCUUGGUCCUAGUAAUCAAACAGACAUCGUCCACUGCUGUGAGGAAAUCAAUGACCUUGUUAUUUAUUACUUUGUUCUAGAAUCCAAAAAGAAAAGAUUUGCCCUAAAGUAAUGCAGUUCUUAAUAAGCCAGAAAAUCGACUAUUGAUGAUUAGGGAUACAAACCUAAUAUUAGAAGAUACCUAUUUAACAUUUCAGGAUAAAUCACACAAUCACCAUGCUAAUGUUUCUUAUUCAUAGCGAUGAUGAAGAUGAAGCAAAUCCUGUACUACAUUGGAGCCCACUAAGUGCCCAGGGUAUGGCGGAAAUCACCAAUGAAGCCAAUAGGCUUGCAAAAGAGCUGAAGAAGGAGAACAUAUACAAUCAGGGCCAGCACUCUCUUCUCUCUUUGGGCAUAACAUCAAUUGAAAAACAAACUGAGAAUAACUUUUCUUGGGAGAACCAAGUUAAUUUUGUAAAUGUUUCCUCUGGUUAUCCAACUGGGACAUUUUCCUCUAUGACCGCUAAUACCUAUGCCUCUGAGAACCAACAAGAAAAUACCUUUUAUUGUGGACAGCAGUUAUAUAGUUGUAACCUACAAAACAUGCUGGAAGGCACAUCAACUCAUACCUCAUCAGAUAUAUGUCUGCCAGUGUGCAUCACCUCACCAGGACAUCAAUCCAUGUUACUUUCAAAUGGCACUACCAGUCUUCGUAGUCCCCGAAGAGAGACCUAUGUAAUUAAGGACAGUCCAAACAGAUCUUUUUUGCCAGAUGUAUCCAUCCCACCAAUAUAUGAGCAAAGUAGCAUAACUUCCCAUGAAAAGAGGGAGGGAAAUGGAACAUCAGAAAAAUACAAGAAAUAUAAAUGUCCUAUGCUGAGAACUUGUUUAACAAAUGGCAGCCCAAGGGGUAAUAAUCCUGAAGGUUUUCGUAGCAUAAGGUCGCAAAUUGGAAUGGUGAAAUCUUGUUCAACAAAAGGCAGCCCAAGGGGUCAUAAUUCUGAAGCUUUUCGUAGUAUGAGGUCGCCAACUGGGAUGGUAAGGUCUUGCUCAACAAAAGGCAACCCAAGGGGUCAUAAUCCUGAAGAUGUGUGUAAUGCGAGAUCGCCAACUGGGAAUUCAUCAGCAGGUAAUGUGUAUUACAGCAAGUUGUGACCAUUAUAAUAGAAUUAUGUACUCCAACAUUACAGAUCUAUGCAAACUUUUUCAUAUAAUAUAUCCUUAAAUGAUACCUUCAAUAUCAAUGGUGUAUAAUUUUUCUUUAGGCAAAAAGGAAUUAGUACCUAAAAAUAAAAAUAGACCCAAUAGUGUAAAACCAUACAAAAUUAAUCCUCAUUUGCGACAAGGGAACACUCACAUAAUUUAGAUAUAAGGAACCAAAGUCUGGUAUAUGGGUCCAUGUAGGUGACCCUUUCUUCUUGAUGCAACCAAUAACUCAAUAUGUCCUAAAUAUAUAGAGAGUAAUACUGCACUUGCAACUGUAUUAUAAAAAUGCAAUCACUUGGAUACUCACAAAAUUAGAGCCUAAGAUCUGUCUCACUCUCUGCACACUGUUAAAGGGCCAUACCAGCUUUUUUAAGAAGCAGCAGGAACCAGAUGCCAUAAAGUGUUUAUUAAAAUUAUAUUUAUUCACAGUACUAUAACUAUAUAAACAAAAGUUAAUCAAAAGAAUUAUGGUUAAGUCCAGAAUACACUUUGGAUUUCUCCAGAUGCCCAAGAUGCAUUUCACCACAGGUUCCAGAGGCUUUGUCCUCUGGGCAAAUGAAUAGAAAUUCUGUGCUCCUCUCACCUGCUUAUGUCCCCUUUUAAUAAGGGGAUACUCCUCAAGUUAUGUAAAUGUGCACGAUUAUCCACAGUACUGGGAGCAUGUAGCGUUAAAAGCCUUGUUUUCAGGUAAAAUCUAUGACACGACGGCUACUUCCGCAUGAAGCUUUGUUGUGUCACUUCUGGAUCGUCUUUGUAUGCAGCUCGAUGGAUACCUUCUGCUUGCAGUCCAGCCGUCAUCUGCAUUACAUUUAAGUGUCAAUAAUUUAAAAGUCUUUAUGUAGCUCCACAUACAUAAGGCAUUAAAACAUAGAAAAAAGUCUCAGGGGAAAUAAAAUUAAAGUAAUCAGGAGCCGCACGCACAUUCAGCCAGUCUCAUAGGAAACCAUUCUCAAUGCUUUCCUAUGGACACUGGCAUCAGUGAGAAGCGCGAAAGCGCCUCUAGCGGCUGUCAAUGAGACAGCCACUAGAGGCUGGAUUAACCCUAUUAUAAACAUAGCAAAAAGGUUAGAAAAAAGGUUAAACCUAGCUGGACCUGGCACCCAGACCACUUCAUUAAGCUGAAGUGGUCUGGGUGCCUAUAGUGGUCCUUUAAGUAGUUUUGUGUCAUUAUUAUGCAUGCAAAAAUGUUUUAGAGACUGAGUGAUUUAAAUAUCCCUUUUUAAUGUUUCUGCAAUGUUCAUUCAGUCUAGUUUUGAGGUUUCUUGUGGUCAUAGCUACAUACUGGAGGCCAUAAGGGCACUCCAGUAAGUAGAUUAAAUUUUGGUCACUUUUGUUAUUUAAAAUUAAAAAGGACCGGAAGGGGCAUGGCAUUAGUGGUUUGUUUUUGUAUGUUAGGAGAUCUGUUCUUUCUUUCUUCCUAAUACUAUUUAUGGUGGUGUUGAGGUGGGUUGGUGAAUAGCUUUUUUCAAUAAAUGUAUCUCUUAAAAAGUUGGCUUGUGUAUGAAAAUCUUCUAAUUGAGAACAAUUCCUACGGAGACAUAGUAAUUGGCUUUUUGGGGCAAUUUCUAACAAGGGCUUAUAAUAACUCGAUUGUUCAAUAGCUGUAUUAAGACAGACUUUAAAAAAAAAAAAAUGUUUUCGUGUGGAUUUUAUCAUCUUUAAUAAAAAUAUUAAGAUCUAAAAAAUUAAGAUUCUUUGCUAUAUUCACAGGAUAAAAUAAUACCUCUAUAUUGUUUUGAUUAAAAUGGCGAAUAAAAUAGUUUAAGAGGUCUUCUGUACUCUCCCAGAUAAAAAAAUAUAUCUGAAAUAGGUGACCAGGUUCACCCGCCAGGCAUGUCCGCCCCAAAUGGCCGUGGAUUCCCAAUCGGCCAUAAAUAGGUUGGCAUAGCUAGGGGCGAACCUGGUCCUCAUAGUACUCCCUUUCUUUUGGAGAUAAAAUGAAUUGAGAAACCAGAAAUAAUUGUUAUUAAGAAUAAUGUUAAUGCCUUCUAAUAUAAAAUCAAUUUGAGCAGUGGGGGUUCUAUUUUCUUUAGUUAAAAUGUCUUUAACUGUGUGGCAACCUAUGUGAUAAGGGAUUAUGGUAUAUAGAGACUGUACAUCACAUGUUGCCAGAAUAAAAUUGGAUUGCCAUUUAAAAUUAAGACAUUGAAGUAGUGACAUAGAAUCUUUAACCCCUUAAGGACCAAACGUCUGUAAUAAAAGGGAAUAAUGACGUUACACAUGUCAUGUGUCCUUAAGGGGUUCAGAUAGGAUCGUAUGUAGUAAGGCCGUUUGGCCUGUAUUUGUGGGAGUGGCUUAAGUUAACUUACUCCCCUAUAUAAGCUACACCUCUUACAUGACUCCUUACCGAUCAAGGUCAGCGUCUGAAUGCACUUCCGGUUCAUCCAGUCGCCAUUUGGAAUACUCACGAGGUCUUCCACGCUGAAACUGUGUCCAGGAACCCAGCAGCAGGUUUCCGUCCGACCAGCUUCUAAAGCUUCUUUUCGUCGCCGCAGAUUACAUCCUAGGCACUCGCCUAACGUAAGUUUACCUACCCGUUCCGCCUGGCAACCGUCCCACGGCAUCGGUAACGGGCUAGGUACACACUUUACGGGCACGCUUCGGUUAAACUAACAAAUCACUUUCCCGGCUUUUCUUUAUCACUAUGUAUCGGGCUUACAAUAAGCAUACUCGUUCCGGUUAACAACUCGUAAUUAGGAUAUAACAACGUACACAUAAGCAUUUAUGUGUUCCAUGGGUAAGCACAUACAGCUACCCUCAUUCAUACAUAACUCAUGUUGCCCGACGGGCAUUAGCAGUCAACCGUACAGCCAAAUAUCACUUAUCUAAUAGUUAAAUAUAAUAAAUAACUUCGGCUCACAUAACUGUGAUAUAUUUUAAAUUCCCCAUACCUCUGUGAGAAAUGUAUGUCACAUGCGGCCGUCACUCAUCACACACUCUUAUCGGCUGAAACAUUAUACUCGCCGAAAAAACUACAUUCCCCAUAAUUCCUCCAUAUGACGCCCAAGCACAUCCUCCUUGCAUCUCAUGCCAUCGCACGCCGGCAAGCGCAGGUACGGGCGCCAACUACAUUUCCAAUGGGGAUUAACUCCAGUCACGCCGGUCACGUGAUUUCCAAUUUUCCCAUUACAUAAUUCUCAUUUUUAAUUAUGUAUCCAUAUCACCAUGUUCAUAUUUGCCACUCAAUUGAGUUACUUUGAUUACAUUCUAAUUAUUAUGUCACGUUAAGUUUUCCUCCACAUAUGAUCACUAGAAAAAUCACUUCCACACAUUUGUUGCAUUACGUUACUAAAUACAUUUCGGAUGUCCAUACCUACACUGCCACCUACAGGUCAUGCCACAUAAUAGCAUAAGGGUCUUCUAUAUACACUGACCCCUACAGGUCAUAUAAAUAAUGCAAGUAUCACUUAUAUUAUUUAUUACAUACUAAUCCUGACACUAAGGUCAUUCUCUGUUACAUACAUCAGGAAUAACAAUUUCUUUAGACACACCACAAACGGGCUACAUGGCACGAUUAGUCAUUGUUUGUCAUGGUGUAUUAGGUCAUACAAGCAUAUUUCAACUGCACUAUGAAUGUUACAUGGUUUGCCCAACUUUUCAGUUUGAUUAUUGGGUUGCAAGCACUAUGAUUGUCUAUGCGUAUAAACUUAGAUCAUGAUCAAAUCACUUGUAUGAACAUAUGGCAUACAUACAUCAUCAUAUUACAGGGCUGUACAAACAAUGACCCUACAAAUUACCAAAAUGAUAAAAUACGAACACAUAUUUAGGUAUAAAUAGCAGUUAAAAAAUUACCACAUAAUAUAAUUACAAUUGAACUCUCGGAUAUCCUACGAACAUCAACCCCAUUGAUCUCUCCAGGGCGAAUAAACAUUAAUAAGAAUGAUUCAUGCAUUUUAUUUUAUUUUCAUACGGUUUCCAUCUAUUUAGUUACAGGUAUCUACUGCCACCUAAAAGGAUUGUCUAAAAAAUUCUUUACUUAUACUUUCAGGUACGUACACCUGCUCACAGUAUAUCCAAAUAUGAUCCCCAAAUAAUAGAUAAGUACUGGCAGAUAGGAUCAUUGGGGCCAAUAGCUGUUAUAUCUCCUUCUCUGCAUUAUGCUUCGUAUUAGCGGUCCCGCGAGGCCAACAAACCCGCCUCAUACUCGGAGGCAUACACCCCUCGAGCCACUCAUGAGCUAGUCGCCUCGCAAGUUUCAUAGAGAGGGCCUCACCAGUCACUCCCUUUCCUUUUUCUUUGUAAUCUCACCGAGAGGCCAUCAUCCUGCCACUACGAUCAGUGGCCACAAAAAAUCCCAUCGCGCCAACGCAUAGAUAGAGCCUCUCAAGCCACUUGGCACUAGCAGGGCCUCACCAGUCACAAACUUAAGCAUAAUCGUUUCGCCUUACGGCAUAGCUAGCAUGCCAGUACUAAAACACCGGGUUCAAAUAAUAAUUUUACCUUUUAUUUUAGUUAAACAUGUCUCAUGCAAGUGGUGAGGAGCUAUCGCUUCCUAGUACCCCAGCUAGGUGCGAGACACCUUCUCACAGGGGAGAUAUGGCCAGUCCAGCGUCAAUCAGAUCCUGGACAAUACCGCGCAUUACAACAGAGUUAAGGAGACGUCAAAUUCCCUACCCGGCUACAGCAAGGAGAGCGGAGUUAUUUAAACUCCUAAACACGACAACAAACAAUACGGAAGCAGGAGAAGGCCCCAGCACCACCAAUUCUGGGGACAUCCAGGCUAUGCUGGCCUCACUUAUGAACUCCAUGGGCAAGGUCAACGACAGACUGGCUAACCUCGAGGCGGUGACCACAGCCCUCACCUAGGCAGGCCUUCCCGACACCGUACAACCGGCACUAAUCGAACUACGGGUAACGUAAACUCGUCAGAUUCCCAGGACGUUUAUCCUGCACACACUAUACCAACCCACAUCAAGAAAGACAUCCUGGAGGGCAAAGAUGUCAACCUAGCGUCCUUACUAAUUGCCUCCCAGGAUGUGGUAGAGAACAAGACUUAUAUGUAUGAUGAGGUAUCUGUGGUGGUCAGAGCUAAAGACUCCAGGUUGAACCGUAAACUGACCAUCCCGGAAUUUGUCUUAGCCUUUGGUAUAUUCAGAGAUGUUAUGUGUGAAGUGUACCCUAACAGAAAAGAGGAAUUUGAUCGUUACAUGCACAAGCUGGUGGACCUUGGUAACAAAUAUGGUGGGUCGGCAUUUUACGACUACCAUAGGUCAUUUUCCACCAAAGUGUCUGGCGCUCUCUCCCAGUAUGGUACCCGUAUCAACUGGAGCAGAUUGGACACAGAAAUUUUCUGCAGACACUUCGCAGGGCUUAAAACACCGGCUUGUGUAUCCUGCUCUUCUACUACACACACCACAAAUUUUUGUUCUAGCACGGCAGACGACCACAGUCAGGCACCCAGCACUAGCUACGCUGGUAGAACAGGGAAGAACGCCAGAGACAAACUGGGCCGUCCCAUCAUUUUCUAUAGCAAAUCACAGAUUUGCAAUAAUUUUAACGGUGGCACAUGUAGUUUUAGUGCAUGUAGAUUGUUGCAUAUUUGUUCACAAUGUUUCAGGGCACAUGCCAAAUCUAUGUGUCCUAAUAAAAUGUACCCUAAGCCAUACCUAACGUCUGUUAACAUUGAUGUUCUAGCAGCACUAGUAGCCAAUCACCCCUCCAGACAUCUUGUAGAGUUUCUUAUCACGGGAUUCAAAGACGGGUUCCACACAGGCAUCAUACAUAUGCCCACUGGCCAAUUAGAAUGCCCAAAUUUACAAUCUGCAAACCAGAACCCAACAGCAGUAAAUACACUAAUAGCACAAGAAUUGGCAGAAUGGUUUUUGUUUGGACCGUUCACAACCCCACCAUUUACAUCAUGGCGUACAAACCCCAUCGGGACGGUCACAGGGAAAACUUCCCUCAAACAAAGACUCAUUAUUGAUCUUUCAGCCCCUCAUACCUCCACUACCCCAAGUCUCAACUCCCUCAUUCCCUCUGAAGAAUUUUCCCUUCAAUACGCCACCAUUGAUCAUGCCAUUACAGCCAUCACACAAACGGGUCUGGGAGCUUGGUUAAGUAAGACGGACAUUACAAAUGCCUUCAAACUGCUACCAAUCCACCCUACACUAUGGCACCUACAUGGUAUAAAAUGGGCAGAAAAAUACUAUUUCUUCUCCCGCUUAACCUUCGGGUCGAAAAGUAGCCCAAAGAUUUUUGACACUUUUGCUGAAACACUUUGCUGGUUACUACUAAAGAUUUUAAGAUGCCCCACAGUCAUCCAUUACCUCGACGAUUUUCUGAUGAUAGAAGGGAACUCACUUCCGCCCAGUAGUCUUAAAGAAGCCAUUAAUCUAUUUAACCACUUGGGUGUCUCAGUAUCCCUCAAGAAAACUGAAGGUCCAGACACCAUCAUUACAUUCCUGGGCAUACAACUCGACUCUGCAUCCAUGCAAGCCAGCUUACCACACGACAAAAUUGACAACAUUAUCAACAGCAUAAAUCAGAAUAUUGAGUGUGCACUUCCUUUCAGUCCCGCCGGAAACCGGAACCUGAAAUAGAAGUUCCUGGCCGCGGAGCACGCUGUGAAGCCGGCCCACGCUCCAAGACAGGUAAGUAAUUCUUCACAUUCACUCCAUAAGACGCACAGACAUUUCCCCUCACUUUUGAGGGGAAAAAAAGUGCGUCUAAUGGAGCGAAAAAUACGGUAUAUCUUACAGGUAUACAACAUCACAUGCUAACCCUAAGACCCAACACACAUAGCUUCAUGUCAUCAUACCAGGUAAAGAAUAUACUCAGAGGUAUCCAAAAAUCCAUACCUCCACGACCACCACAGCGAUUACCUAUAGACAAUAAACUUUUUCAGUCAUUAUCCGACCUAUUAGAUUCCAGACCUUUCCACUCCACCGCCAAUUCAGUCAUUAAAGCAGCUAUGUACACAGCCUUCUACGGGUUCCUCAGGCCAAGGGAGUUUACCACUGUCACAACUACUCAAAAGGAUAGAUGCCUGCUACACAAGCACCUACGAAAACAUAGUGACCACUACAUACUCUCUUUACCCCAGUCAAAGACAAGCCAACAUGCGCAUCCAGUGGAGAUCACAUAUUACCCUACCCUAAACAAAUGGUGUCCAGUAGCAGCCUUAGACGCCUAUCUUCUUAACACCACAGCACUACCAUCACAACCUUUAUUCCAACUGCAACACACAGUACUCACCACCACGGCAUUCAUGAGAUAUAUACGAUCCUACUAACAAUGCUGGGUCUCAAACCUUCUCACUACUCUGGUCACUCGUUUCGCAUAGGAGCAGCCUCCAGCAUCCAGCGCCAACGUACCAGUACACGUCAUCAAGUCAUUGGGACGUUGGAAGUCAUCCGCCUAUACUACAUAUAUACCCAAACCACCACAAGAAUUAAGAAAUGCAUUUAAAGUCAUAUCUGGAUAAUUGUAUAUAUUGUUGACUGUAAUAAAUAUUUUGUUAUUCACUUUUUGCCCUCUUUAUUUACAGGCCUACCGUAUCGUCGGUAUCGGCACACCACAACCGACUUGCUCUUUUAUACUAUUCUAAGUUCCUACGGGAACCUCACACCUUAUACGAUUACUUAGCCCCUUACACAAGUAGUAAGGCCGUUUGGCCUGUAUUUGUGGGAGGGGCUUAACCCCUUAAGGACAGAGCUUCAAAAGCUUGUCUUUCACUUAAUGACAACGGCAUUUUUUUCAUUUUUUGCUGUUUGCGUUCAACUGCAAUUUGCAUUUUACUUAUUUGUUGCACCAACACAUAUUAUACAUCGUUUUUUAAAGGACAGAAAGGGCUUUAAUUUGAUGUAACACACAUAUAUAUAAAUGCUUAUUUAUUAUAAAAAAAUACAGAAAAUGUAAAAAAAUGAAAAUUUUGUGUUUUUUUUUACAGUUUUUGCAAUAAUAAUGUGUGCAUAAUUAGUGCAGGUUAAGAAAAGUAAUUAAAAAUAAAUUAAUUUAGUUGUUCUGAUUUACAGAAUAUACAAUGUGUCUGGGAUUUUAAGUUUUUUUUGGUAAUUACAGGUCACAAAGCACAAGGAGUAAAAUAGACUUUUAAUGUGGAGCGAUUUUAGAAUUUGGUAUGUUUGUCUUGUAAGCUUAAUAGCCAUAAAAGAAAACAUAAUUGCCACACAAAAGUAUAUAUUUAUAUAAAGUAGACAUCACGGGCUAUUUACCUAAGGUUGUUUUGACACUUUCUACGUAGCCAUUUCACCGCCAACCUCUGCUAAAUAUUGGAGUAAAAUUGUGUUUUUUUUGGUUUUUGGCACACAAACUUAUAACAAAGAAAUUCUCGUGUAUAUUUUGUAAAGUUGGUGUGUGCUAUUCCUGUACAAAGUUUUAUUUUGUGUUCAGUUACAUCUGCUGAGUAAAAUGACACCCCCAUUGUAUGUCUUUGCACUAUUUCGUGAAGUUACAGUGCCAUACAGGAUACCUGUCCUUUUCAGUAUUCACAGUAGAAUUUUGAGAGAUGGAUUUAAUGAGCCUUAGCUUCCAUUUGGGGUAUUAUAACAGUUUGACUGUUCAAAAAACCCCCACAAAGGCCUACCAUUUGUAAAAGUAGACACUCCAGGGUAUCUCAUAAGGUGUAUAUUGUGCCUUAACAUGCCCCCAUUUUUUCACCAAUAUAUGCCAAAGUAUGUGGUAAAAAAUAAUUUUGUGCAUUUUUUACAUACGGAUUGCAUUUUUGCUGGGCGUUUUGUAUAUUUCAUAUGUGCCACUAAGUUCAAACCUCCCAAAUUAUGCUCAGCUAAGUCUUCUGAGUAAAAUGACACCCCAUAUGAAUGUCUUUGGCACUAUUUCGUGAAGCUACAGUGCCAUAUAGGAAACCUGUCCUUUACAGUAUUCACAGUAGAAUUUUGAGAGAUGGAUUUAAUGAGCCUUAGCUUCCAUUUGGGGUAUUAUAACAGUUUGACUGUUCAAAAAACCCCCACAAAGGCCUACCAUUUGUAAAAGGAGACACUCCAGGGUAUCUUAUAAGGUGCAUAUUGUGCCUUAACAUACCCCCAUUUUUUCACCAAUAUAUGCCAAAGUAUGUGGUAAAAAAUUAUUUUGUGCAUUUUUUACAUACGGAUUGCAUUUUUGCUGGGCGUUUUGUAUAUUUCAUAUGUGCCACUAAGUUCAAACCUCCCAAAUUAUGCUCAGCUAAGUCUUCUGAGUAAAAAGACACCCCCAAUGAAUGUCUUUGGCACUAUUUCGUGAAGCUACAGUGCCAUAUAGGAGACCAAGCCAUAUCCGUUUUUACCAAACUUUGAAUUUUGACGCUGGCCUAUGUGCAAUUUCCAAGCAUCUUCGCAGGUUUUAAAUUCAAACUACCCCACAAAGGCCUACCAUUUCUUAAAGUAGACACCCCAGGGUGUUUCAAAAGGUAUAUUUUGAACCUUAGCGUGGGAUCAUUUUUCCGCUAGCUUGUACCAGAUGUAGUGGUAAUAAGCGUUUUUUCUGCCUUUUUGACAUACAAGUGAGUUUGCACAGUAUAUUUUGCAAACCUUAUGUGUGCUACGACUGUAUAAUACUUCAUAUGUUGCUCAGCUAUGUCGGCUGAGUACAGCAAUACCCCCGUAUGUACCUUUGCCAGGUAUGUGUGGACAUCGGAGGGGCACAUUUGGGACACAGCCAUUCCAGUUUUUUUCAAACUUUGAAUUUUUAUGCUGUGCCUAUGUCCCAUUUUAGAGUAUUUUACCAGGCUAUAUAAUCCAAAUACCCCAUAAAGCCAUACCAUUUCUUAAAGAAGACAUCCCAGGGUAUUUCAAAAUUCAUAUUUUGAACCUUAGCGUGGGAUCAUUUUUCCGCUAGCUUGUACCAAGUGUAGUGGUAAUAAGCAUUUUUUCUGCCUUUUUGACAUACAAAGUGAGUUUGCGCAGCAUAUUUUGCAAACCUUAUGUGUACUAUGACUGUAUAAUACUUCAUAUGUUGCUCAGCUAUGUCGGCUGAGUACAGCAAUACCCCCGUAUGUACCUUUGCCAGGUAUAUGUGGAUGUUGAAGGGGCGCAUUUGAAACGCAGCCAUUCAGUUUUUUUCUAACUUUGAAGUUUUACGCUGUGUCCAUGUUCCAAUUUGGAGUAAUUUAGACGGUUGGUUAUUGAAACUUCCCCACAAACACAUACUAUUUAUUAAAGAAUACACCCUGGGGUAAUUCAAAAGGCAUAUUUUGAACCUUGGCGUGGGAUAAUUUUUUCUCUAGUUUGUUCCAGGUGUAGUGGUAAUGAGCGUUUUUAAAAUGUAUUUUUUUAACUUUUUAUAACUUUUUUACUUUUAAAAACUAGUUUUUAAACUUUUGUUUUGCGUAUUAAUUUUUUUUAAACUUUCUUAAAACUUUUUUACAGAUUUAACAUUUUUCUAAGCUUUUUUUUUUACCAUUAACCCCUAACUAGCAGUACACAGCACUAACAGUAAAUUCCCCAUUUUCCCAUAACUCCCACCCACCCCAGCUAGCAAAAUACAUAGUUAUAAAAUAUUUUAAUUAAUUAAUUAAAUUGAACCCCUGAGGGUUAAAAAAUAAAUAAAAAGUUAAUCCUCAGGGGUUAAAAAAAAUUAGAUCACAGUAUAAUACUGUGAUCUCUAUUUGAUCGCUGUAGGCAGUGAUCGACUGGCAGGGAAGGGGUUAAUUUUUAUUUGGACUAGGUAAAGGUUUUUUUUUUUUUUUUACUUAAACGUUAUUAAAACAUUUUUUAAGCUUAAUUUUUUACUUUUUAAAGGUUAUUUUAAAACUUUUUUUAACGUUAACCCCUAGUUAGCCUAACGCCAAAUCCCCCAAUUCCCCACUAACUUCCACCCACCCUAGCUAGCUAAAUAUAUAAUUUUAAAAUAUUUUAAUUAAUUAAAUAAAUUUAACCCCUGAGGGUUAAAAAAAAUGAAUUAACCCUCAGGGGUUAAAAAAAAUAAUCAGAUCAUAGUAAAAUGUAAUCCCUGCCAAUUGAUCACUGUAGUCAGUGAUCAAUUGGCAGGGAAGGGGUUAAUUUUUUAUUAAAAUGGGUAAGGGGGACUUUAAAUAAACUUUAUUUUUUUUUCCAGCAGGGGGCAGGAUCAGCACUGAUCCGGCUCCCUGCACUUCACACAGAACCCGGAAGUGCAGGGAGCCGGUAGGUGAGUAUACAGAGCACAUGUGCUCGCUCAGACUUGCGGUCAGAGCGAGCACAUGUGCUGGGCAGCCUGACCGGGUGCUCCCGGUAUGCCUCUAAUGCAGAGGCAUACCGGAGCACCAUUAACCCCGCGAUCGCCGCAAUAGCGGCGAUCCAGGGUUAAUUUUACCGCGUGACGGACGAGGUCCGUCACUCGUCGUUAAGGGUUUCGUCCUUAAGGGGUUAAGUUAACUUACUCCCCUAUAUAAGCUACACCUCUUACCUGACUCCUUACCGAUCAAGGUCAGCGUCUGAAUGCCCCUCCCACCCACUCCUCAUUUCAACACUUUCUCCUUUCUUUCCAUUUACUUUACUUACUUACUCCUUGGUGGGCCCUCUUUAUUUACAGGCCUACCGUAUCGACGGUAUCGGCACACCACAACCGACUUGCUCUUUUAUACUAUUCUAAGUUCCUACGGGAACCUCACUCCUUAUACGAUUACUUAGCCCCUUACACAAAUGUUUUAUAGAAUGUUGGAGAAGUAUGUCAAUAUACUCUGAUAAGUUACAUAAAAGAGAGUUAAUCCCGGAUACAAUCGGACGGCCUGGAGGGUUGUUAAUAUUUCUAUGUAUUUUAGGCAAGAAAUAUAUGACUGGAAUUUGUUUGUUUGGUUUUUUUGUAUUUAAAUAAUUGAAUUCUUGUUUGUUUAAAAUGCCAGAGUCUAGGCCUUUCUGUAGGAGAGUGGAUAAAGUGCUUUGAAUAUAAUGAGUGGGGUCAGAGGGUAGUUUUUCAUAUAUUUCAUUAUCUUUUAACUGUCUGUGUGCUUCUUCUAUGUACAUAUUGCUUGAUAAAAUUACAAUCCCCCCUCCUUUGUCAGCAGGUUUAAUGACUAUGUCUUUGUCAUCUUGAAGUUGUUUUAGUGCAUUCUGUUCAGGAAAGUCAGAUUAUGUGAAUUAUAUUUGUUAAUAUUGAUUUUUUUUUUUUCAAAGUCUUUUAGUACAAGUUUUUCAAACAUUAUCAAGGGUGCAGAUUUACAGUAGGAGGGAUAAAACUUAGAUUUUUUUUCUUUCAGACCGGUGUUUAUAAAUUGAUGAUUAGCUGUUAAAAUAGGGUGAUGUAAAAUUACUGGUUUGUUCUUUUUCAUUUAAAAAACAGUCUUUAAGGUGGCUUUACGGACAAAUUCGUUGAUAUCUAAAAAUGCCUCAAAAGGUUUAAAUGGGUUGGUUGGAGCAAAUCUUAGCCUUUAUUUAAGAUGGAUAUUUGGGUGGCAGAUAGUAUUUUGUAUGAUAAGUUGAAGAUACCACAAUUAGCUUCUUUGGGAGUGUUUACUGCCUUUUUAACCUCCUCUCUUUUGUGUUUGUCUGCCACUGCGUUUUCCUCUGGACUUAAAGACCUUUUUCUUGAUUGUAGUGGGUAAGGUGUUUGAGCUAGUGAGUUGGAGUGGGUGCAAAUUUCUAAAAAAUUAUCCUCAUUUUCUAUCCCAGAGUCUAAUGAUAAAAGUUGGAAUCUGUUAGGAUGAUUUGGAAUUGUGGAUGAUUUGAGGUAGUUAGAGUAUUGAUUGUGGUUGUUGGUUUAGUGAGGCCUUUUGGGGUUUAGGUGAAUUGGGUCUGUGACUUUGGCCUGGAACAUUGUAAUAAUUAGGUGAUCGUGAUAGUUUAUAUGAUGGUUUGCGGUAUCUGUUUGGUGAUGGGUAGUGUUGAGGUCGGUGGUAAUUGGAAAAUGUGUUCUCGUGGUGAUUGUUUAUAGGCUCUGUGAGUGCGUGGUUUGAAUGGGGAGCGGUGAAGGGGUUUGCGUACAGUGUAGUGUUGGUGUUGUGACAUAUAUUGGGGUUUAAAUGUGUGAGCUCUGCCGUGGUGAGUAGAUAGAGAAGGAUACUCAUUGGGGGAGGAUUGUCAGAAAUGUAUCUUAUGUUUAGAUGGUAUGUUUUUACUUGUUUGUUAGUAUAGUCCUGUUUAUCCCUUAUAUACUUUUUUGAUUUUUAAAUGUUUUGUAUCCAUCUCUAUUUUUUUCAGUCUUACUUUGGAUUAGGAUGGAGUUUUGUUUAUAUACAUUAGACUCCAUAAAUGGCACAAGUUUAUCUUUGAGAUCAUUAAUUUCUAGGUCUAAUAAAGACAACUUUUUACUUUUUUUGCAAUUAGUCUCCAUAAGUCCAAUUUUACAUAUUUCAAGUUUGUUCCAUUCGUCCAUAACUUCUAAGUCAUCUUGAUAUGAAGUGGGCAAUUUUAACAGUCUUAGACCAUGAGGAGUUAUCUGUUCGUCUAUAUAUAUAAAUAUAUAUAUAUAUAUAUAUAUAUAUAUAUAUAUAUUUAUUAUUAUUAUUAUUAUUAUUAUUAUUAUUAUUAUUAUUUAGGGUAGCUAUUUCCCACUUUAGUUUUAUUUCAUACUCUCUCUAGUUUGGUGAAUAGUUCUUGUUGGCUUAAUGUAUGGUGUAUAGUGGGAACAGGACUGAUAGGUCUGGUGGGUUCAGUGUCAAAAACAUUAUGAACAUCGCUAACAUAAUUAUUUCAAAAAUAAAAAAAGACAUUGUAGUAAAAAAGCAACUAAAGACAGAUGGUAUAAAGAUAGAUAUACAAAAUACAACAGGAAGUCAGCGCUAGCUAACAGACAAAAUGUAAAUGGGCAGCAACCCAAACGAAGGAGACCCCUCAAAUCCUUCAACAGAUCGAUAAAGCAAUAAUAAUAUAGUGGCACUUUUCCCCUUGAUUGAUUUAAAGCGUUACCAACUAUUUUAACUCGUAUAGACCCUGGAGUACGUUUUAUUAGAGAAUUUGUAUUUCACACAUUAAAGGGACACUAUAGUCACAAGAACUACAGCUUAAUGUAGUUGUUCUGGUGAGUAUAAUAGCUCCCUUCAGGCAUUUUCAUGUAAAAACAUUGCCCCUAGGGACACCUCCAAGUGGCCACUCCUCAGAUGGCGACUGGAGGGGCUUCCUGGCUCAAGGCUGCACAGUAAGCAGCCCUACCGUUCAGCGUCCCCACGCUCUUCAUGGAGACGCUGAAUUUUUCUCAGAGAUGCAUUGAUUCAAUGCAUCUCUAUGAGGAGGUCCUGAUUGGCCAAAAUGGCAUUUGGCCCCGCCUCAUGCUGAUUUUUGGCCAAUCCAAUGUUUUCCCUGUGGCCAUUUUGAUGAUGUCACAAAGGGGGCGGAGCCCGCGGAUCCGCUUGGCGCUGGAAAUAAGGUGAGUUUUAAACUUUUAUAGGAGGGCUAAGGGGGCGCAAGCCACCUAUAUGGUGAGUUUAACACUAUAGGGUCAGGAAUACAUGUUUGUGUUCCUGACCCUAUAGUGAUACUUUAAUCACAAACUAUUAUAUAAUUUAUUGUGACAAAUAAUUACUAAUAAUAUGUAACAUGCGUGAUAAUAAAUCAGUGAAUAUUUAGGUAUAACAGAAGUAUACAAUAUGGCAGCAGUUAUGACAAAAUUUCAGAUAGCUCUUAGCAACAUAUCCACAUAGCAAAUUAAAGCAACAUUACAGAAAAACUCAGCUUUGCUAGACAUUCCUUAAUACAGAACUUCUCACAACCUUGCACACAGCUUAUAGUCAUAAAAAAACUUUUGCUGUCAGUUUGAAUCACACAGAGUUAACUCACUCACUGCUUGUUGGGAAUAAUACACUUUGCUUAUACUGACCCAAGGCUCAAGCUACAAAUGAUAGGAUGUUCAGUCUGUUUAAAAUUGGCUAACUUGGAGCAUGUCAGCUAUUUGAAAUAAUAUACUUUAUCUAUAUACAAUGCUGAGUGAAUAUUCCCCUAGACAAGAGCUAUAGAACAUUGUGUAACAAGUGUUAGUAUUAUAUCCUGUAAGUUUCUGCUGUUGGCCUUAUUUCAUGUGUUUCUCCCUUUUGAUCAUAACCGCUUAGUAAUGUGUAAUUUAGAACUGCAUAGUAAAUAUCUUUCAUUCUAACUGCGUAUGCAUAUUAAUUUUAAGUGCGUAGUUAUAGUGAAAUUUAGCUUUGUGCAAGGCCUAAACAUAAAGAUACACCUGCAAGCUUUCUAUAGGUUAAGAUAAGAUAGAUGAUUUUAUUAGGAUUGGAUAAUGCUUGUAAAGUCCACCCCUGUUACACUGCCCAUUAAAUGUCAGAAGUCACUUUGAACCUUACUUUGUCUUGUCUUGUUGGGGCUCCUCUCCAGCUGGUUUGGGGGACGAGGAGAAAUACAGAGAGUUGCAAAUUGACACAAAAGGCCAUGGCAAGGGAAAAGGCCUGACAGAGAAAAUUCCUCACUAUCACUGCUGGUUACAAUUCUCACAGGAAAAACACCUUUAAUAUUGCAAUUAGCAAAUACAAUAUUUCUCAUACCAGAUCAGUUAACCAUGCCUUCUCAUCCAAUAACCAAUGAGAAUAAUUAUAACCAGAUUUUACAUUGCAGAUAGUGAACUUUCCUGAUAAAGAUUAACUGUCCCUAAAUCCAGAUAAGUCAAUAUCUCUGGAUAAUAGCUAGAUAUGCUAAAAUUGGCAAAUUACCAGUAAAUUUAUUGUUGAUUUAUUCCACCUGCAGUAAUGGAAUGUAUAACCAUAUAUAUCCUUAGCUAAUUAUGAUUUCAUAAGAUUGGAAAUCUGACCAGCUUUUAUCAAGGUAUAAUUCUGCUUUUAGUAAAAAUUAAUUAAUUUUAAUUAAAUCAACCCCGUAGUGACCAGACUGUGUUUCAAUUUUCUUACCUUUAAGGACCAGGGCUGUUUUUACAUUUCUGUGGUGUUUGUGUUUAGCUGUAAUUUUCCACUUACUCAUUUGCUAUACCCACACAUAUUAUAUACCGAAUUUCUCGCCAUUAAAUGGUCUUUCUAAAGAUAACAUUAUUUUCAUUUAUAAUUUACUCUAAAAAAAAUUAUAAAAUCUGAUCAAAAUAUUUUUUUAAAAACACACCUUUUCUAACUUUGACCCCCAAAACCUGUGCUAAAUAGUAUCUAAAUUUUGUCCUGAGUUUAGAAAUACCCAAAUGUUAACAUGUUCUUAGCUUUUUUUUUUUUUCUUUUUUCACUUUAUAAGGCUAUAAGUACAAGUAGGACAUUGUCACUAUUGAUAAAUCUUCAAAAUAGCACUGUUAUCUGUCAUAAAUCUCUGAAUCACACCUCACAUAUACAUAUUUUUGUAAGUAGACAACCCAGGGUAUUGAGUAUGGGGUAUGUCCAGUCUUUUUUAGUAGCAUUUAUAUUUGUGUGUUAAAAAUGCAAAAGAAAAUUAUGAACACUAACUUUGGCCAGUGUUUGUGACUAAGUGGCUACUAAAAAAAGACUGGACAUACCCCAUUUGCAAUAGCUUGGGUGAUCUUCUUUUGCAAAUGGUAUGCCAUCAUGGGGUUAAUUCUCAUUCCUGGGCAACUAUACGCUCUCAAAGGCAACAUAACCCAUCUGGCAAAUUUUAAUGUGAAAAAAUAGAAAAUCAAGCCUUAUAUUUGACCCUGUAACUUUCAACAACACUAUAAAACCUCUACAUGUAGGCUACUGUUAUACUUGGGAGACUUCGCUGAACACAAAUAUUAGUGUUUCAAAACAGUAAAACAUAUCACAACAAUGAUAUCAUCAGUGAAAGUGCCGUUUGUGUGUGAAAAAUGCAAAAAACUCCACUUUUACUGACCGUAUCAUCGCUGUGAUAUGUUUUACUGUCUCCCGAGUACAAUUAACCCUCAGGGGUUAAAAGAAAAAAAUCAGAUCAUAGUGAAAUACUGUGAUCUGUAUUUUGAUCACUGCAGACAGUGAUCAAAGGGUAGGGAAGGGGUUACAUUUUAUUGGGAAAGGGUGAGGGGGGCUGGAAUUUCCUUAGUAACUUUUUUUUUUUUACUAAGGGAAGCAGAUUGGCACUGAUCUGUCUCCCUGCACUUCACAGCUUUCAUGGAGCUGCAGGGAGACGGAUCGGGUUUCAUUGCCGCACGUGUGAUCGCUCUGACUCCUGGUCAGAGCAAUCGUAUGGGCUGAAACAGUGAGACUGCCUGCAGCAGUUUGCCUCAGACAGGGAGGCACACUGCAGGAACAUUAACCCCACGAUUGCGGCAAUCUAUCGUUAAUUUUAGUAUUGGACAGACAUUUUCCUUAAGGGAAGGACUGCAAUGACGGAAAAUUUCCAUCCAGCGUCCUUAAGGGAGAAAGUCUAAAAGAAAUUAAAGGGAGACUAUAUAGCUUUCCCCUUUCUCAAAGGUUAAAAAAAAAAACAACCCUCCUGUCACUUACCUGGGUCCUGUGUCAAUGUCUCUCUGUGCUGGCCUGGGUCAGCUUUCUCUCCUCCCCCACCAUCGGGGGAAACAUAAUGCGCAUGCACAGCAAUGUCUGCGCUCGCAUUAAGAUCUCCCCAUAGGAAAUCAUCAUUCCUGAUUUUAUAUGGUAAACAGCCACUAGAGGUGGGGUUAACCCUAGCAGGUAAUUAUUGCAGUUUCUUAAAAAAUACAAUAAUUACCUGCUCAUGGUUAAGAGACCUGGGACACUGCACCCAGACCACUUCAGUGAAUUGAAGUGGUCUGAGUGCCUAUAGUGUCCCUUUAAGAUAACCCAAAACCAUAAUUAUAAUAAUAGAAUAAGAAUAUAUAUAUAUAUAUAUAUACAUUCCUGGUGAAUGAUAGUAUCAUACAAGACUUAAAAAAAAAAAAACUGGGGGCGUGGCCUAGCUCAUGGCACGGACGGUCGCAUGUGAAUAGUGCUCCGAUCCUAACAGCCCGAAAAAGCGUUUUUCACCAGCAAUAAUUAUUGACAACCCUGACCACAACUCCAGGGAAGAUGUCCCAAGCAAGGUCCAAACAAAAACUCCCGGACAAGGGAGAAAAAAGCUCGUUCUUCGGAACCAGGCCGCAACAGCCUAAACAGGCCGCCUCGCACGAGAGUGACCAAGAUGGCGACGGUGAUGAUACGAUGCCACUCCACGUCGACCCGGUAGGGAACUUACCAGUCACACAAGAGAUACUGCAGAAGUGCCUGGACGCGAUGUCCAACAAACUCCUAGACAACCUAAACAAAUCAAUAGCAGAGAUAAAGAAAGACGUGCGCGACUUAGGGGAGCGCGCGGCUGGGGCGGAAAACAAUAUGGACGAAUUUGCGGAGGCCCACAAUGAUAUGGCAGACCAUGUCCAAAGGUUAGAACACCAACAACACCAACUCCAAGUGACAAUAAUGGACAUUGAAGACCGCUCGAGAAGGCAAAACAUACGACUAAGGGGGAUCCCUGAAGAAGUAAAGCACCCAGAUUUGGCGGAAUAGUUAACAAGCCUCUUCCGAGCCAUGUCACCAGACUUACCUAUAGACAUGCUGCUGAUUGAUAGGGCUCACAGGGUGGUAAAACCUAAAUUCCUACCGGCCGAAGCACCAAGGGAUGUCCUAGCAAAAUUACACUACUACCAUAUUAAGGAAGAAAUUAUGCAAGCUUCCAGAAAACGCCGAGAUAUUCCUGAAAAAUACAAGUCCAUACAACUCUACUCAGAUCUCUCUGCCCUGACUCUGCAAAAGCGCAGGGAAUACAAAGACAUCACAGACACUCAGAGCAAGACAGGUGCCAUACCGGUGGGGUCACCCGGUUUGCCUCCUGAUCCAGAGAAACGUAACGGUAACCAUCAUCCUGUCCCCAGACGAAGGCAGAAAAACCCUCGGGACCUGGGGGAUAGCACUGCAGCAACAGCCGGAAAAAACACAAGCUACACAGAGGCUGUCGCCUGAGUGGAAGAAGCAGCGCAAGUGAAGACGAUACACGCCCGAUGAAGACGAUACACCAAUGGGUCUGAUUAUAAAUUUACAUGCAUAUGUACCAUAGACUUUUAAUGGUGUAGUUUAAUGGUGUAAUUACAGAGUUUAAUGUUAAUGCGAGGCUCUGCCCUGCUAAAGUUGUCGAUUUUUUUUUUAAUUUUUUUUUUGUCGAAUUGACGAAAAUAUGUAAAUGCCGAUUGCAUUCGUUCACCUCCUAGUGGAAGUUCUAAUACUAAACAGAAGCAGCAUAAGUUAUAGAUUCGAUAAUAGUAAUUUAACGUCACCAAAGAUAAAAAAAAAAAAAAAAUCCUGACAUCGAAGGGACUGCUAGCCACGACAGUUAAAACACUAGGAGGCAGUACCAAAGCUAGACGAGAGGAGCUAUAUGUUGUAGUUUGUUGAAUGCUAAUGAGCUCAAAGGUUAACAACAGGGAAAAGCUGGCUGCAUAAGGGUGCCCCAGAAGGCUGUACAUUAACCAGAGGGAGACAGUUAAAAAGUAUGGGUUACAGACUAAACAAUUGCAAUUGUGUACAAUUGCUAGUAACGGGAUGGCAUUGGCGACCCCGCUCUAGCCCCCGAGAGGCAGCAACAAUAGCCGGGCGAGGGAAGUUAUAUGUUAAGCGUUAUCAAAGUGACGAACGACACUAUAGCUACAGGAUAUAAAUGCAGAAAUGCUAGCCGCGUCAGCAAACCUCCUAAGUGCAGCAGCAGGAAGGUUAUAUGUUACAGGUUAUCAGUCUGACAGUUGAAACUUUGUCUUGAUGCUACAAAUGUCAAUCUCAAUGUAUUAACAUGCAACGUGGGUCAGCAUGGGAACUAGGUGUGCAGACUGGCCUUACACUUGAGAUGACACCGAACCUGAUUUAUAGAGAUAACACACACUAAAAUACAAGACCCCACGCACGAGAAGCAGGAAUGGGACACCAAUAGGGUCUAAAUGAUUUGACGUGUUCCUGGUUCCGAACCACACCUGACUCUAUCGGUAUCAUAUCUCUCAUCACCAGAAACGAAAGGGCUAAGCCAAACGCUGACGUACAAAGUUAAGAAUCAUUCCACGACCCCCAGAGGUUAUACGGAAUAGUAACCACACCCAGAUUUGGGUAUUAGUAGUGAUGACUACCGUUAUGUUCUCCCCCAAUUACUCCCCCAUGCCCCUUAACCCGCUAUUCAUUACCCUAUCCGCCACAGUUAAACGACCCACGACAGCCUACAAUCAUGACCUCAAACAACCAACCUCUGAGCGAGUUUAUUUCAAGCUCAGGGAGAAGCCAAAUACACAGAUUAGCCUCCUGGACAAUGCCAUAUUAAAGAGCAAUAACAAUAAAACCCCUGUGACAGACAGCUAUUACCUACUGAAACCCUAAUAUGAAAGUAUACUCUCAUAACGUAAAAGGUCUAAACACACCGUAUAAACGCCACUGCCUCUUUAGAGACUUGAAACAAGAGCAAGCGGAGAUAAUUUGCCUCCAGGAAACACAUUUUAAAACACACCCAACUCUAAGGCCAGACUUAUUCCCACACCAAUACCACGCAACAACGGGACAUAAAUCCAAAGGAGUGACAAUAUUAACUAGCAACAAAGUUGCAUUCACACACCACGACUCCUCUAUCGACCCCCUGGGCAGAUACAUAAUAUUAGUAUGCACCAUCAAUAACGACUUGUAUACUAUAGUCUCAGUCUACGCACCGAAUACAGACCAAAGGAAUUUCCUCCACAAGCUGUUAGCCAAGAUAACACAACUACAGAAAGGAAUGCUGAUCCUAUGUGGUGAUUUCAAUCAUAUUACAGACCCAAAGCAAGAUACCACAGCACAACUUAGCUCCAAAACAAGAUCAAAACAAAUCCAAGCGUGCACAACAUAUCAGAAACAACUAGAUGAACAUCAACUAUACGAUACGUGGAGAGUACUUCAUCCACAAAUAAAAUAUUACACUUACUACUCAGCACCGCACAAAACGUACACACGUAUAGACAGAUUCCAUAUCCACAGACAACACCUAGACCAGUUACUCGACAGCAAUAUCAACACAAUAAGUUGGUCGGAUCAUGCAGCUAUAACACUAACGAUUAAAGACGAAUAUGACUUCAAGCACAAGAGCCCAUGGAGACUUAAUGAAUCCCUAUUACACAACCCGAUGGUCACUAAACAUCUAGAGGAAGAAAUCACACAAUAUUUCAACACGAACAAUACAGAGCAAACUAAGAUAGACACGGUAUGGCAGGCGCACAAACCAGUCAUUAGAGGCUUGCUAAUCCAAACAGCAGCGAGGACUAAGCGUGACACCCAGGAGCAAUGCAUAAAAUGGAACACUCAACUGACAGACCUCACCACCAGAAACAAAACAUCCCCGACAGACUCACUGCAAACCCAAAUCAAGGAUGUACAAGACAAAAUUAAAGAAUACACACUACAAAGAGUGAGCUAUAAUAUACAUAGACUCAAACAACAACAAUGCACACAAGGCAACAAAGCAAGUAAAUUACUGGCAUCUAGACUCAAAAGCAGAGUAACCAAUAGCAGGAUACAAUACAUAAUAGAUCAGAAUAACAAAAAAACUAAUUUCCCCGGUGGAGGUGAGCAACGCCUUCGCCUCCUACUACAAAGGGUUAUAUAACCUAGAGACCUCAGACCAAUUAAAACAGAGUGAUGAAGAUAUACAUGCUUACCUAGCAAACACUCAAUUACCGACACUAUCACCCACUCAGAUAUCAGAAUUAACGGCCCCCGUGACAACACAUGAGGUAGAAGUUGUAAUAAAAGCGCUGCCGAAAAACAAAGCACCAGGCCCUGACGGCUUCACAAACCUUUACUACCAAAAAUUUCAACACAUUUUAUCAUCCUACCUUGCGUAACUAUUUAACUAUGCCACUCAAACAGGUACACUCCCUAAGGAAUUAUUCAUGGCACAUGUUAUCACCCUCCCCAAGCCAGGCAAACCACCGACUCACUGCCCCAACUUCCGUCCAAUAUCGCUCCUCAACACUGACGCCAAGCUAUAUGCCAAAGUCCAUGCACAAUGACUGAGUCGCAUACUACCCCACCUGAUACAUACUGACUAAGUGGGCUUUGUAGCUGGAAGGCAGGGGUCAGACAACACACGUAAGGUACUGGACCUGGUACACAGUGUGAGGAGGGGGGGAUCAGGGGCCUUCUGGUGUCCCUAGACGCUGAGAAGGCCUUCGACCGACUCAGUUGGUCCUUUCUGCAGGCAGCAAUUUUCGUUCCCACAAUUCAUUAAUGUGAUCAGAGCCCUAUACAACCAUCCUACAGCCAAAGUUGUGACAGCUGGAUUCUGCUCGGACACCUUUAAGAUCACGAAUGGGACGAGACAAGGCUGCCCGCUGUCACCUUUGCUAUACGUCUUAGCAUUAGAACCACUAGCAGUCAAAAUUAGAGACGAAAUCUCCAUAAAAGGAGUCACGCUUGGAACUGAGGAUUAUAAAUUAAGCAUAUUCGCUGACGGCAUCUUUUUGACACUGACAGAACCAUUUAUCUCACUGCCCAACCUUAUGAAACACAUAGAACAAUAUGGGAAAUACUCCUAUUACAAACUCAACUUAACCAAAACACAGGCUAUGGGGAUUAAUAUACACAAACAACAAAUGGAAACACUAAAGGAGAAAUUCCCCCUGGACUGGCGAACGGACUUCCUAAACUUCCUCAAAAUCGUGAAAAAUCCAGCAAACCUUUUCAAGCUCAACUACUUGAGUAUUUUAUCGAACUUUAAAGACACUCUGAAAACUUGGGAAGGGAAAUACAUAUCUUGGGUAGGUCGUAUAACAGCAGUAAAAAUGACACUCCUACCUAAACUCCAAUAUCUGUAUAGAACCUUACAAAUCCCACUGCCCAAAAGCUUCUUUCUCACGGCCCAAAACAUACUCCUUAGAUUCGUGUGGCAAAACAAAAAAAUCAGAAUAGCCACAAAGAUUAUACAAAGAGAGGUAAUCAAAGGUGCUCUAGGGUUCCCUGACAUACAAACUUAUUACAAAGCAGCAAUCCUUCAUACAAUAUCACAGCUCAAACCAUGACCUGACCAACCACAAUGGCUUGGGAUAAAAUCCCACUGGGCUCACCACUCCACAAUUUACUCAUACCUCCGGACCCCAAAACAUUGCAGACCCACGACACACCACUUGCUCCCCACAUCCCAAUUACUACUCGAAAUAUGGGACUCAGUAAAGAAAAGCAUGACGGCCUACCAGCCAAUACCCCUAGCGACCCCAAUGGAGGUAAUGUCCGGGAUAAUACCCACACUAGAUCAAAAAAGAUGGUUAGAACACGAUAUCAAACAUAUUGAACAGCUAUAUGACAGGGGGGAAAUCAUGCAUUUCCCGGCACUGCAAACCAUGUACAAUCUUCCCAGUCAAAUGCUGUUUCCAUACCUGCAACUUAAGUCAUGCCUGGAGCACACCCGACCCCAAACACUACACGAUGAACCACACCAGAAAUUAUCUACUUUUGAAAAAAUCUGCACAAACGCACUGCCCCCCAAAAAGGUGAUAUCACUGUGCUAUAAAGCUCUGAUACACUCCCAGACUAAAAUAAAAAUCACAUAUAAACAUGCUUGGCACAAAGAAUUGAACCGAACAAUUAGUGAGGAACAUUGGAUAAGAGCGUACUCAUCACACAGAGGCAUCACAUCAUGCACUAAUUACUUAGAACUCCAAAGAAAAAUUCUAUAUCGCUGGUACCUGGUGCCAGAUAGGAUUCCCAAAAUAUGGCCACAAUCCUCCACAAAUCAAUGCUGGAGAUGCAAGAAACAGGUGGGGACGAUGUUACACACAUGGUGGACCUGUGAUAUCAUACAAUCAUUCUGGCGCAAGGUUGCGCAUCUCAUUCAGCAAAUAACAAACGCCAACAUAGAGCCCACGGUAGAGAUGUGCCUCUUAUAUAUACCACCAGAAAACUUAACUAGAGCUCAAUGGGCAGCUAUCUACCAUAUUUUAAUAUCAGCCGCAAUGGUGAUAGCUAGAUUAUGGAAAUCACCCUCCGCACCGAACUUCAAUACCCUCCUCAACCAAAUCAACACUAACUGGCAAUAUAAAUCAAUGCUUGUACAUCAAAGAGGCCUGAACAAAUCAAUGGCAAAAGCCAACUUGAUUUGGAAAGAAUAUUGAGAGGCGAACAAAAGCUGGUCACACCUCACCAAAACCCAAAAAAAUUGUCCCGAUGCCCCAGCGAUCACCGGUACACUCACAUAAGAUACCACAAUGGUUUGAAACCCCACCAUGGCCCAAAGCAAAUAGGGCUAGCUCAUAUUCUCAUGUUCACAAGACACUGCAAAUAACACCACUCAUAAGAGUAUAAAGUCGAAUGGAUUUGUGGAGAAGGGGUAGGGAGACAAACACCAAAUCACUAGUCGCAGGGGGUAGACUAGUCAAAACACAGUCAUAACCCAGAAGAACAGAGGCUAACAACCAACAGGAAACAAGUCAUGGGCCAAUCAGGGUGCUACUGCUCAACAAGGUAUAAAGGACCCUUUAUGAAUGAUAUAAUACUGAUGGCAACCCCUCUCCACUCCCCCAACCAUCCCACCACCCAUAAGCAAUACUAACAUUACAAUGGAUAUGUAACGUUAUUGCCAAUGCUGUACAACAUGUUUUACCCCCCCCCUUUCUUCUGUACCCCAUUCUUUUGUGAAAAUAAAAAUUGUCAAAUUGGAAAAAUAAAAAACUAUAAAGCUAAAAAAGGAAGAAGAAAGAAGGUAUGGAAAUGCCUUGCAGGAGGAGCAGGAAUAGUACUGAGUAAUGCACCUUGUAUAACUGCAGCUCUGCCAUCAACCAUAGGAGGGCACAGUACAGUGCAGUUUUCUUCUCGUUCCAUGAGCAUUGUACACUAGAAGCUUGACUUCAAGAACAUCUCCAUCCCACCUAUGCUGUUAUACUUGAGCCAGUUAUAUACCCGACUCAGAAAAUGAGUGGGAUGUAGUAAAAUAAAGUCACCAAUUAUUUUCCCUAUUUUGGCACAUACUGUAUUGCACUAUUAUUAGCACUUUUUCUUUCAGAGAUAUCCUAGAUAUAUCAUUAUAUGGUAAAUUUUUAUGUUCCUUGCUCACUUACCUAUGAUCGGAGUUAAUACUUUUAAUAUCCUAUAUUCUAUGCAUGAUUCACUUUACACUGGUGUGCUCUCCACCAUUUUGUGUAUUGUAUCUAUGUUUGUGUCAAAUUUUGUGAUUUAUUUCAUGGGGGCAUUAGCAGCACUGCCUGUUGUGUGUUUUUAGUGCAAUUACACAUGUUUUGGUUCUAUUGCUGUAUUAACAGCCUGUAUGGUGAUUGUCAGUAGUCUACAAAGACUGGUCUCGCUGAUUUCAGCUUUUAUGGCGAUGUGGAGACAGUGGCGUACACACAAUCCAUGGGGCCCCGGUGCAAAACUGUCACUUCCAGUCACUUCCUCCCAGCUGUGAUGUCAUCGCUGACCGGGGCCCCCUGGAAAUCCAUCUCUAUCACAUGGCGGAAGUCACCCUGUCGCAGGAGUCCGCAGAGCGGCCAGGCCCCCUGGAGUGAAGUGCCUGGUCGCAACUGCGACCGCGGUAUGUAUGCCACUGUGUGGAGACCAGCUUUUAUAUGGUCAAAAUGCAACUUGUAAUUUGCACAUCCUUGUUCUAUUUUCCAUUAAAAUGUAACUUUUCACUUUUGUAUAUGCUGUGCUCUAGUAAAUAGUUUUGAGGACACAUUUUCUUUAAGCCCUUAAAGUAAAUCUGUGCAGGUUUUUUUUGCAUAUUUUGAAAAGAUCUCCUAAGGUGACAUGUCCAGUUAGGAUUUUUGGCUACAAUGUGCGGUGGAAGGUUGGUUAAUUAACCUGAAGCUGCCACUUGUGGCUUCCAUCUUCAUCCUGGACAUCUUCUUUGGUAUUGGUGCUUCAUCUACUAGGAGGCAUAUCAGUGCUGUACUCUUGCGCAUUCGAGUACAACUCUGAAGUCUAUGGAGGAGACUAUGGGAACCUCUAUAGCUUACGUCUUGCAAUGAGGGAGAUGAUGCCUGAAUCUCACGGCUGUCAAGUCAAAUUGAACAAAAGUUAUAGGCAGAGUUCAAUCUUUUGACAAUCUCAGGCUUGUAACUAUGUAGCUUGCCCUUAAGUCACAACUUGCCCAUAAGACAAAUUAACCCCUACUUUGUUUUAUGGUACCUUUCUAUUUCUUUGAUAUUCCAAUGCUGUGAGGAUUCGUUAUUCAUAAAGAUUUUACAUUAAUGAAAGACAGAGAAGUGACAGAGCCGCUUGAAACAUGCAGUUUUCAUGUUAUUUUUCCACAGAAGGCUGAUAUUUUAAAUAUUUUGCUUUGGCUAAAUAGCCAACAUUCAAAGUUGCUUUAUUAAAAUGAUAUCGUCUUUGUACAUUCAUUUUCUGUAACCUCUUAUCAAUAUAUACAUAAUAUAUAUAAUAAGAUUCCUCUUCUGCAACUGUCAUUAGUCUAGUACUAUCCUUACCUUUUUGUGUCAUUUUACCCCACUCUCUAGCAUGUAAGUUAAUUGAGCAGGGCCCUCAACCCCUCUGUUCCUGUGUGUCCAACUUGUCUGGUUACAACUACAUGUAUGGUCGUCCACCCAUUGGAAAGCGCUGCGGAAUUUGACGGCGCUCUAUAAAUAUCAUAAUAAUAAUAAUAAUUUAUUUUUUUACUGCCAGGUAAGCCAAAAGUCCACCAUGUACAUGCUGCAUACCUAUCCUCUGGAGUCCCCACCUUUAACAGUCGUCUACCAGUUCCUAAAUCUUUAGGAACUCAUUCCCUUGGAAACACAACACAUACUGAACAGAAAGUAUGCAUGAGGUUAAUAAGACCUUCUACACAGAGGGGUGAGAACCAAAAUUAUGAAAAGUCUAAUUAUUUUAUGUGCACAAUUCUAUAUACCACUAACUUUAUUACUCAUUAUUCUGUCUUUUCACAGGAUCUUUACAGAGACCGCCUUCCAAUUUUCAGUCCUCAAGCCUGCUAGGUAAGGGGGGAUUCUUGAAACCCCUUUCCCUGAAUAAAGCAGAUAACAAAAUCAACUGACUUAAUUUAUGCCAAGUAAUCAAGACAAUGUUCUUAUUUUGAGAAACCACGUUUUAAACCACUGAAUUAUUAGUGACCUAUUUUGGACAUAAUCUAACAGAAAUCAAACAAUAAGGUCUUCCAAGAAUCCUUUUGGUAAAGUAUUUUCAACUAAAAAAAAUAUUACACGGUUAUGCAAAAUCAAGCUAGAUAAUCUUUACAGAUAAUUUGUCUGUGAUUUUUUUUUGUGUGUGUGUGUGUGUGUGUGUGUGUGUGUGUGAAUUUCAUGCUUUAUUAUCCAUCAGUCAAGGACAAGAUAACCAAGCACAGAAAAAAAACUAAGUUUUUUAUUUUAUUUCCAUACAAACAAAGGCAGCUUCAUAUUUACAGCCUGAUGCAAAAAAACUGUACAUAUUGGAUUACAGAAUCAGUCUCACCCCUGUUGGAUGGGGGUUAGUAGUCACAAGAGGUUCGCAGUGGAGUUCUCAACAUGAAUUUUAGUUAUUCUAUCUUCAGUGGAGAAUAGAGCAUUCCUUCUUUUCGUGUUCAGAUGGACGUCUCAUCACUCCUAGUUUCAUGGAAGAUGGUGGGGAAGGAAGGGGAGACGUGACAAAGAAAAAUAAAAUGUCAUGCAUGACAAUGAAUUCAAAAUGAACAGCAAGGGAAUUAAUGAAGUAAAUUAAAGAAGAGAAACCUGAACACAGAGAGAAAGAAAGAGAAGACAGAAGAGUUAGUAAAAGAAUGUUUGUAUAAUUCUGGUCCUGCAGAAAUGAAGAAUCGCCAAUUAGACCUUUGAUAUGGAAAGAGUUUUUCUACUUUUAUGUGGCCCUUGUGUGAAAUUAUAUAUAUAUAUAUAUAUAUAUACCAAAACAGUUAUGGUGGGAAUAAAGAAAAUUCUGCUCUGCAAGUAACCAAGCCUCAAUAGCAAGUUAGUAACCAACCUCAUGCUGAUUUGUUGCAUUAACAACGAAACAGCUGUCCAUGAGUGGUUCACUGGCUUUGCAUCUCUUCCUGAGUUGUUUCAAAGCUGUUGUAUACAGCAAACAAACUCCAAGGAAUCCAUGUUUAACAUGGAAUGAGGCAAAAAUGUAAUUCUUUGUUGAACUAAUUUGCAUUUGCCCACCCAGAAUCCCUUGCAGGAAGUCUUAUGGCUUUACUGGUGUGCAG